CACAGAUUCCGUCCACACCCCACACACUGAAUAACACCUCUCAAUUUCAAAGAAGCCUCACAUCACAUGCAUGAAGAGGAUUAGCCGAAGCCAAAGCCAAUCCCUGAAAACCCUACUUACCAACGGUCUCUACCCACAAGCCCUCAAAGCUUCUAUUCCAAACCACAAGCUCACUGACCAAACCUACGCUCUCUUCAUCAAGUCCGGUCACUUCUUACACCCUUACCUCUCCACCACUCUCAUUUCCCACUUCUCUAAACUCGGACAUUUCUCACGCGCUUCCAAGUACCUCUUCGAAACCCAUAACCCCGAUACAGUCUCAUUCAACGCUCUCAUUUCUGGGUUCGCCAGGUUUCGCCAACCCAGACCCGUUUUCCAGCUCUUUAACACUUUAAGACAUCUGGGUCUGGAACCUGAUGUGUUUACGUUGAGCUCUUUGGUUAAAGCGUGUGAAAGUUUGCAGGAAAACGAGGCUGCCCAUGGAGUUUGUUUGAGAAUGGGGUUUGGCUCAGGAGCUUAUUUGGUGAGUGGGUUUAUAGAGAACUAUGCGAGAGCUGGGGAUGUUGAAAAGGCUGAGAAGUGUUUUGGGGAAUGUUUGGUAUUGGACAAUGUGGUUUGGACUGCUAUGGUUUGUGGGUAUGUGUGGAAUGGGGAGUUUGAGAAGGGUAAGGUGGUUUUUGUGGAAAUGAGAGGUUUGAGUUUGGAGCUGAAUGAGUUUAGCUUGACUGGGGUGCUUGGUGCACUGUUUGAUGUGAGAGAGGGGGAACAGGUUCAUGGGAUUGGUGUUAAGAUGGGUUUGUUGUGCGGCAGUUCUAUACAUUUGAAUAAUGCUAUUAUGAACAUGUACUGUAAGUGUGAAAAUAAGGUGGCUGCAGUUAAGAUGUUUGAUGAAAUUGCUGAACCAGAUGUUGUGUCUUGGACUGAAAGGAUUGGAGCUGCUUGUGAUGGUUUGGAAGCUUUGGAGUUGUUUAAAGUUUUGCAUUCUGGGAGUUUGGAGAUGAAUGAGUAUACAAUGAUCAAUGUUUUGUCUGCCAUUGCAGGCCCAAGGCUGUUAACUUCCAGUAGGCAAGUCCAAGCACUUUGUCAAAAGGUGGGGUUUUUGCAAGUGAUUUGUGUUAGUAAUGCAUUGAUAUCCAUGUACGGGAAGUGUGGUCGAAUGGAUGAUGCUAGACGUGUUUUUGAUGAUAUGCUUCGUCGAGAUUCUGUUUCUUGGAAUUCUCUGAUUGCUGGGUAUUCUGAGAAUGGAUUUAGUAGUCAGGCUCUUGAAGUGUUUUCUCAAAUGCGUGAUCUUUCACUACAGCCAAAUGAAUAUACUCUGGCUAGCAUUCUUGAAGUUGUUUCUAACUCGAAUUCUGUAAUUCAGGCAAUGCAAAUUCAUUUGCAUAUGAUUAAAUGUGGCUUUAUGUUCAAUGAUUCUAUGGUGUCUUGCUUGAUAAAAACAUAUGGGAAAUGCCAUGGUAUAGAUGAAGCAAAAGAGAUAUUCUCUGAUAUUGAUAAGAUCAAUGUGGUACAUUGCAAUGCAAUGGCUACUGCUUUUGUUUGUGCUGGUUGUAACGCUGAUGCUUUAAAUUUGUUCUACACCUCAAGAAGCUCGUACCUUGAAGUGGACAGUACAAUCUUUAGUAUUGUCCUCAAAGCUUGUGGUGCAAUGACAGAUUUGGUACAAGGAAGAGUAGUUCACUCACUGUGUCUUAAAUUUGGAUUUGAUCAGGAUUUAUUUGUGGAAAGCACCGUUAUUGACAUCUACUGUAAGUGUGGAAGCAUUGGGGAUGCACAAAAGGCUUUUAGGAAUGCAUCUAAAGACAAUUUGGCUGCUUGGAAUGCCAUGAUAAUGGGAUAUGCUCAACAUGGUUGUUUUCACGAAGUUUCUGAGGUUUUUGAGAAAAUGUGUAAAUCUGGAAUAGAACCAGAUGAGAUAACUUUUCUUGGAGUUCUUACUUCAUGCUGUCAUGCAGGGCUGGUGAGAGAAGCAAAUGAUUACUUAAACUCUAUGUUUGAACUUCAUGGAGUUAUCCCACAUCUAGAACACUAUGCCUGUAUGGUUGACCUGCUUGGUCGAGUUGGACUCCUAGAAGAUGCAAAGAGGACAAUUGAUCAAAUGUCCAUUCACCCUGAUGCUCAUAUAUGGCAGAUUCUUCUAUCAGCCUGCAACAUCCAUGGAAAUGUCAUUCUGGGGAAUGUUGCUGCCAGAAAACUUCUUGAGCUGCAACCUGAAAAUGAAUCUGCUUAUCUUCUUCUAUCAAAUCUCUAUGCUUCUGCUGGUAUGUGGAGAGAUGUUGGCGAACUGAGGAAGCAAAUGAAGGAAAAAGUAGUUCACAAAGAACCUGGUUCUAGCUGGAUUCAAGUUGGAGGAUCCAUACAUUACUUUUUUGCUGGCGACAUGUCACAUCUUGAGAGUAAAGAAAUAUAUAUGGAGCUAAUAAAGUUGUAUGAUCAGAUGCUAGUGUCACCAAAAUUGGAUCAAAACGAUGCUUUCCUGAUGAAAAUAUGAACUAAGAAGCAGAGAAAUUUUUUCUAAUUUUUUGCGGCAAUUAACUCUGUGGGGUGUAUGUGUUUCCAGAACUCAUCAAGUGUCAUUACAUGUCGUCUAAAAUCAGUUUGGCAUAUGAAUUCCAUUCAACAUAUGUAUUACAGAUGACUUCGGAAAAUUUAUUUUACUAGUGGUCAGAGGUGCAAGUCUGAAAAGGCCAUAAACUAUGGCUUUGCAGCUGUUUGUUCCAAGUUAACUAACAUGACUCUGAGAGAGAAUUCCCCAUAUAUUGCCAUUAGCCAAAAUUAUGACUGCACAGGUGUUCAUUGCUUGCUAAAAGCUCUGUUGUUAAUCUACAGUGGCAGUAUUUCUAGUCACAACUGAAAGCAAUGAUUGGAUUCUACUUUCCAUCACGGAUACUGUUAACAAGUGUGGCCUUAUUUUGACUGAAAUCUACAACAUUUAGAAAGAAAAAAAGUGAGAUUUUACAUGUGAAUCAGCAUCACUGGUGCUUUUUUGGCUGCUCAAGGUGAAAUUUUACAUCAGAAUGUGGUCAUAACAAAGUUGUAGAAGUUUGCUGCUACACUGUCCCCCAUGGAGAGUGUCUGCUUCUGUCAUUGACCUCAUCUGAUCUUAGUUUCAGCUGUGGCAUUCUGCUCCUGAUAUUUUUGCCAAGACUUUGAUCAAAAAAGGAAAAAUGCUUGACUGAUGAGUUGGGAGUCCAGGUGAAGUUCUUCCCCAUAUAAAUUUUCCUGCUGGAGUGUUGGUGAUCUGAAAGGGCUCUAGAGAACACGGAGACUAUCGAGUGGAAAGCAUUUGCUGCUAUUUUUGACUUUAUCUGCCCCCUUUUUGGUAGAGGCCUUCUGUCCCUCAGACCUUUGGUGAUUAUAGUAGCAGGAACAUCACUGAUUUUGUUACUCAUAUUGUAAUGCAAGGCAAUUUCACCCUCUUCCUUCAAGCUGUUCUUGUUUGAUAAAUGUGGCUAUAUGACCAAAUAGCAAUUGUUGUGAGUUUAUAUAGAGCAUAAUGUCUGGGGGUGAUUGACCCCUGGUGAGUGUAAGCUAGAAACAACCUUUCAGACUUGUGGGAGUUGGGGGGCAUGCCAGCGAGAUUGUCUGACUGUACAAGAUUCCUUUCAGCUCAGCUCGAGACAAAUUGAAUUCAUAGGAUGAUUUGAUGAAUGAUUGACUUAAAAUAUGAUCCAUAGUUUAUUGUGCAUGAUGGUUUUGAUUUGAGCCUGUCUGAUCUUGUACACGUGUGGGUUCAGGACAUAUAUAGCAGCUCUCUUGUAAAGUUGUAAACCUUGGUGCUGGUUUCUGGAUUUCUAUAGUAGGUGAAGAGUACGGGAGGAUAAGAAUUCCAUAUGGUCAUAACGAUGAUGAUAAUGCUGACCAUUGCAAUGAACGUUAAGUGUUUCUUCCCUUUAAUCUUGUAUAUAUAUUUUUUGAAUUUCCAUUAAUUGUAAUUUGAACAUGAAAUGAAAAUGGUAUAGCAUACCACAGUUAACAACUUAA